UCUGAAUCAUUCUCAUCUCUUCAUCUCCCAUCUCAUAGUGAUGAUUUUUCAAUUGUUGCUGCCAUUGUAAAUAACAUCUGCAUUCUCUCUGUAUAUAUUCCUCAUCAAUCAUCUUCUAUUUUUAACGAAUUAGAACAAAUCAUCACUUCUUUACCUAGGCCCUUGUUGAUUCUAGGAGAUUUCAAUUCACACCAUCAGUUUUGGGGCAGUUCAGCAUCCAACUAUAAUGGACAUCGUGUUUUAAAAAUUCUAGAUGAUUACAAUCUAUGUGUCCUAAAUACUGGCUCUCCGACUCGCCGUACAGCGCCUACAGAAUCUCCCAGUGCUGUUGAUCUAUCCAUUUGCUCCGCUGAACUGGCUUCCUCUUUCAUCUGGCAAACUCUAGAUUCUACAUUUGGUAGUGAUCAUUUUCCAAUUAUAGUCUCAUUUCCUUCAACAAAACGACCACCUUCGAAACCUAGCCCUAGGCUUAAGUACAAUUUAUGUAAUGCUGACUGGAAAAAUUUCAAAAGCUGUGUAGAGAAGAAAUUGUUGUUUUUGCCAAGUUUAGAUGAUACUGACGUAGUUGGCUGCUCGGUUGCUUUGGCCCGGGUGAUCACAGAAACAGCUGAUGAUGUUUUUCCUGUAAAAAAUACAUAGUAAAUUUGGUUAUUCAGUCCGGUAUAGUACCAGAUUCAUGGAGAUCCCAAGUAGUUAUUCCUAUUUUAAAACCCAAUAAACCAGCAUCAGAUGUUUCUUCCUAUCGCCCUAUUGCCCUCUCCUCAGUAUUUGCAAAAGUAGCCGAACACUUAAUUAAAAACAGGUUAGAAUUUUUUGUUGAAAAGAAUCAAUUACUAUCUCAUAGUCAGUUUGGGUUCCGAAAAGGUAGAUCUACCUAUGAUAGUUUGUCAAUAUUAAUUGCAGACAUACGAUUGGCAUUUUCUAAAAAUGAGUCAAUAGUAGCUGCUUUUCUUGAUAUAAGUGCUGCUUAUGAUAAUGUUUUGGUUUCAGUGUUACAAGAUAAGCUUCUCAAGUUAGGCAUUCCAGAAAUGUUGAGUAACUUUGUAAUAAACCUUUUAUCUGAACGGUCCAUUAGUCUUCUUAUCGAUGACAACAAUAAAAUUUCUCGUUUAGUGUGGAGAGGAUUACCACAAGGAUCUGUAUUAAGUCCAUUGUUAUACAAUAUCUAUACAUCUGAUUUAGAGGCAUCGCUAAAUGGUACAGUUAGUGUCUUACAGUAUGCUGAUGAUUUAUUACUUUAUUCAUCAAAUCUUUCUCCUGAACAGGCCAGUAGAUCAGUCACUAGUUCCUUAGGUUUCCUGAAGUCAUGGUUAGAUUCUAAUGGUUUAGAACUUUCUGUUCCUAAAAGUGUUGUGGUUUUAUUUACUAGAAAACUGUUUCCUCCUCCAAUCAAAGUGCAAUUUGAUAACUACUCCAUUUCAGUAAAAGUUAAAACUAAAUUCCUUGGUGUCAUUUUAGACAGUAAAUUAACAGGUCUCCCACAUUGUGAGUACAUAGUUUCUAAAUGUGAAAAAAAUAUUAAUAUUCUUAGGUGUGUUUCUGGUGUUUGGUGGGGUUCACAUCCCUUUUGCAUGAAACUAAUGUACAAUGCUUUAAUAAGAAGUAUUUUAGAUUAUGGGACAUUUUUGCUAGAGCCAGGUUAUGUCGCUGGCUUCCAAAAACUAGAUCGUAUUCAGUCUAAAGCCCUUAGAAUCAUUUGUGGUGCCAUGAAUUCUAGUCCUAUCAAUGCUAUGCAAGUUGAGUGUGCAGAGCCUCCGUUACAUUUACGACGCCAAUAUCUUUGUGAUAGAUUUCUUUUCCGUUGCUCCCAAUUCUCUAAUCAUCAACUCUGGAGAAUCUUGUCUAACCUCCUUCUUCAAAUAACUACUUCCAACUAUUGGACACACAAGAGUCCUCCUUGUUUAAUCAAAAGUUUUCAAAAAUUUAAAUCUAUUUCAGCUCCCACUGUUAGCUCUUCUACACUUCCCAUUUUUCAGCAUGAAUAUGAGUCUCUUACACUAGUUCCUCCAGUUCUCCUGAAUAUAGGUAUUUCAAAGAAUGAUAUAGAACAAAACCAACAAUUUCUGGGUUUUAUUGGCACUGAUUGUCAGGAUGCUAACCAUAUGUAUACCGAUGCUUCUAAGAUGUCCGUCAGUGGUUGUGUUGGUAUUGGAGUACUUCAUAUUCAAUCCAAUAUUUACCAAAAGAUAAAGUUGCCUCCCGAAUCCUCUGUGUACAGUGGUGAGUGCUUUGGAAUCCUGAAAGCAUUAGAGUUUAUCAUCAUUAUGCAUCUUAAAAAAACAAUUAUAUUUUCGGAUUCUUUAAGUUCUCUUCAAGCAAUAUCUAAAAUUCCUUUUAAAUCUAAAUCCAACAACCCAAUUAUAUAUCAAAUUCGUAGCCUAUUGUUAAAAUGUCAUCUUAAAGGGUAUUCCGUCUCCAUUGCUUGGAUUCCUGGUCAUAGAGGGAUUAAAGGCAAUGAAAGAGUUGAUGAAUUAGCUCGAGAUGCCAUUAUCUGUGGAGACAUGUUUCCAUUUAAAAAUGUUGCUGAAGACCUAUUAGCUCUACCCAAAUUAUUCCUACGAAAGGAGUGGUCGAAACAGUGGACAUCUGGUACAGGUACUGCUUCUGCGUUACACUAUCGAAGCAUUCAAUCAUCAAUUCCUAUCAAACCAUGGUUUGCUAAAAUCUCUUUGUCAAAACCGGCUACCAGUAUGUUAAUCCGAAUGAGGUUGGGUCACGUAUGUACUCCACAACACCUGAAACUGCAAAAUCGUGUGGCCAGCUCCGCAUGUAUUUGUGGAGCUGAUCCCGCUGAUCUUAACCAUAUAUUUUUUGGGGAACCGCUAAUACACAGCCAAAUAAUGCUCAACCCAAGAAUGUACAGCCCAAUAAUUGGCGUCCAUGAUGUACGUCUAUUAUUGGGUCGUGUAUUAUUGGGUUGAGCAUUCUCGGUCCGCGCAGGCUUGGUCCGGGGCGAUAAUACGAAGCCACUCUUUUCACAGGGCAAUAAUGUACGACCCAAUAAUACGCGUCCACUAAUUUGAGUCCUUGGCUUUCAAAUAUUGGGCUGCGCAUUAUUGGCACACGUCGAGAAAGCCCGACCCAAUAAUGUACGACCCAAUAAUAGGAAGCCAAAAACCAGAGACAUUCUUUUUUUUAAGAGAGCUGUCAAAAUUAGUAGGGACGUUCUGACUCGAGCUCGUGACAGCUUAAAAAUAAUCGGUUUUUUCUAGUGACAUCUUUCAGUGACAUUGACAGUAUUGACACUUGUUUGGUUUACAAUUUGUUAUAAUUUUUUAAUUUUUUGCAACAAAAGUCCUAAUAUUUUUCCGUACUUAAUGUCUUCAUUAUAUACAAGUAUGCAAGAAAUCAUGGCAAGAGAUCCUUAAUCGUUUUGGAAUUAAAUGAAUUCUAAAAGCAGUAGAGGUAGGUACGGAAAAAAUAUUAAUUAAUGGAGAACCUUUGUCCGGUGAACAAGUAAUGAAUUUGCUAGGUUUUUUCACUCCGUGGUCAGCGUGGAGAAGCCAAAGUUGGAGACUACAUGAGGCACAGACAGCAGUAUGUAGAUUAUGAAGGGCACAGAUUGAAACCAGCAGUGACAUGGGCCAUUUGUUCAAUAGAAUAUCUUGGUUUAUCGAAAUUGGCUGAGACAGCAAGGUGCAGGUCUCUGGAAAAUAUAUUAGGGAGCUGAUACAGGCAGUGUUGGCCGAAACGUUAAUGCAAUUAACCAUUAACCAGUACAAACUGAACCGUAAACUGUAACUGUCCGUUACGGUUUACGGUUCAAUUUGUACUGGUUAAUGGUUAAUUGCAAUUAACGUUCGGCCAACACUGGAUACAGGCAGCCAGAAUGAGUCUCUGCUGAGUCGCCGUCUGACGUCUUCGUGCCAGGUGCCAGUCGCCAGUUGCAGGGGAAGAUGCGAAUAGUUAUACAAGCGAGCAUGAUGACGUCUCUCAAAAACUGAUAGACACAAUACUCUUACUCGCCUUGUUACCAGAGGCAACCUCCAGCAGCAGUGGGACCAGCGCGGCCCCCUGCGCCCCCGCCCCGUCCCUCGCCCCUGCAGAGCGGACACCAGCGCCCUCUACAACUCUACCGGCGCCCGCCGUGUCUCCACCUUCUUCAAAAACGACAACCGGUGUUAGAUCUCCAAUUGACAUGACAAUACGAUGGACCUAGCUAGGCUAACAUUUUUAUUUUACCUUUUUAUCUCUGUAUAUUCCCAAGUCCCCAAGGGCACAGAUGGGAAUAUCAUAAUAUAGAUUACUCCCAUCCCCGUCCGCGCCCCCGCCUGAUGUGUGGCGGCCGUCACGUGAAGCCUUGACAAAUGUGAAUACAACCGUUGCCGCCAUAACAAUAAAUACUAAAAACAAUAGAUAAUGGUACGGAACCCUUCGUGCGCGAGUCCGACUCUCACUCUCACUUUCACGACUUUUCUUUCUAAGAUUAUUUUGAUUGGUUUGUCUACCAAUUAAUUUCUGUAUAAAUCAGUACCUAUAACAAAAUUCUUGCCCUUUUUAUUUCCCAAUUUAUAAUCUAAUUAUAGUCUUCAUCUUCUCAAAUCAUUUUUUAGCCUAAGAAUACAUUAUAAACCUAAGUAAUCUGUUAAACAAAAACCAUUGUCUCUAUUGUGACGGGCUCUAAGCUUCCAACUUGGCACGUGGCAAAGCAACAAUGCCGUUUAAAAAGCAACUGAAUCGCGAUAGUACUAUAGUUCAAAUCUUUUUGACAGCUCAUUCAAGAUAACACGGUUGCGUAAUGUGGAUGGUUCGGUCGACCACCCCGAUAUAGGCGAGAAUACACAGCGCUCGUAAGAUUUCAACUUUAGUACUAUCGCGAUUCAGUUGCUUAUUAAACGGCAAUGUUGCUUUGCCACGUGCCAAAGUUGGAAGCUUGGAGCCCGUUACAAUAGAGACAAUGGCUUUUGUUUAUAGAUCCAAUCAUAUCAACUGAGCUAAUGCACUCACCUGUACUAACAAUGGCAUCGUAUUAUUACAAUACUAUUAUCCGCUUUUGUUCUCGUAGCCGCCACGCCAACUAGUUACUUACAAAAUAAGUUAGAAGUGCAUUGCAUGUAUAUUCAAUUUUCACAUCACCAAUUCGAAAAAGGGUUUUUUCUUCCCUGCUAGGAGGGAUCAAAGUGGCACUUUUCUUCCCUGCUAGGAGGGAUCAAAGUAACACUUUUCUGUUCUAGGACACUAUUUAAAAACAAUUGCACAUUAUUUUUUUAGCUUAAAUAAUAUUUUUAAACAUCAUAAUUACCUCAUAGGUGAUGUGAAAAGCAGUAUGUGUCACAUGGUAGCAAAAUUAUUUCCAUCUUGGGCGUAACACACUUGAAUCCCUCACUACGCUCAGGAUUCUACUUUAGAAUCUUCGUUACUCUCGGGAUUCUAUUAUAGAAACCUUCGCUUCGUUUAAGAUUCAAUGUACGCCCUCGCCGUAAAUAUGUCAUUUUGCUCCCUUGUAACACAAUCUACUAUUUUAACCUUAUUCCUUGUUGAAUGGGGUUAAAAUGGUCUAAAAUAAAAACAUGUUGUAACAUAUGGUUUUCUACAGAGUGCAUUCGUUUUGGGUGUCGACGGUUGUAAAAUGCAAAUAAAGUUAUGUUAGCCAUUAUUUAGUUAGUGUAUUUUGUAGCCUAUUUAAAAAAUAGAGUCGUUAAUCUAUACUAACAUAUCAAGGCGGUUAUAAUCUGCUUUUACUACGAGGUAGUUAUCCUAAUUUGUGGUUUACCACUUAAUGGCAUUGUAUUCUUGAGACUCUUUGAGUAAACAGGUAAGUGCAUUAGCUCAAUUGAUAUGAUUCCAUCUAUAACAGAUUAUUGACUUGGGCGAAAAAAACAUUUGAGAAGAUGAAGAUUAUUUGUGAUGCGUAUAGUUUUAUAUUACUUACCUUUGCCUUCUUUAGCUAAACGGAAAAAGUGGCCGCCAUUUGCCGUUUAGAUGAUGAAGCAAAAAACCGGCCAAGUGCGAGUCGGACUCGCACACGAAGGGUUCCGUACCAUUACGCAAUAAACGGCAAACGGCCCCAUUAUUUUUUUUUUGUUAUUAUAGCGGCAACAGAAAUACAUCAUCUGUGAAAAUUACAACUGUCUAGCGAUCACGGUUCACGAGAUACAGCCUGGUGACAGACAGACAGAUGGACAGUGGAGUCUUAGUGAUAAGGUCCACAAAUUGCCCUGUCCCGGCCUCUGCAAUAAUGUACUAUUUCUCAAACAUGCAAUGAAAUAUUGAUAUUAUGUUCUUCAUAUUAGGCUGGAAAGUAUCACGUCUCGGGUGCGGCCAGACGAGAGGAAUUUAAUUAAAUUUCGUACAUAGUUGCAGACCUAGGCCGGAAAGUAGCUCUUUUUAACCGACUUCAAUUUCAUAGAAGGAGGAGGUUCUGUAUUCGGUUGUGGCUAUUUUUUUUUUUAAUUUCCAUUUCACAUAUAUUUGUGACACAGCAUCAUGGCAUUCAGCCAUUAAAAAAAAAAUUGAAGCAAUACUUGCUUUUUGGUUCAUUAUGACAUUCUGUCAAUACGCCUAUUAAAAAAAUAAAAUAAACGAUGUUUGCUAUA